AUGAUCGGGAUUCUGUUAAUUUUAGGCUUAGCCUGUGCUGAUAAGUUGGAUCGAACUUAUCUUCCUCCACCGGGUUCUGAAUUUUCUGGUGGUAAUCCUGAUGCAUUAGAAGUUCCAUUAGACCAACCUAAAUUACAAUAUCCUUCAAAGGAUACCUAUUUGGAAUCCCCUCAAGUUGCAAUUGGAAUAGAUAGAGUGGGUCCAAAGGGACAACUUGACAUAUAUUCUACAUCAAAUCCUUCUAUAUAUCCUGAAAAUGCUUUUGUAACACCAGCAACAUAUGUUUCGCCUAAAGAUGUUAAUCCCACUACAAAUUCCGGUGAUCAUUCCUCUCAUUAUUAUCACGAUACCCAAAAUCCCAAAAACUUGUAUCAAAAUUAUAAUCAGCCCGAAUAUCAUUCCGUUUCCAAUGUUAAUCAAUUUCAAACAACUGAAAAUUAUCCGCAUAUAAUUCAAGGUGUCGUUAAUCGCAAAGAUAAUUCCUUUGGCUCUUUGCCAAAUCAAAUGAAAGCUCAAGGUGAAAGGGUUAAUAGUAUCAAUGUUGAUAUUUCUAAGCCAAGUCUUUCUUCCUCAGAUUUACUUACUAAUUCUUUACCUAACAAAUAUGAUUUAGGUCAAAAAUCGACAUUACCAAUUUCUCCUAUUCAAACGAACAAUAAUUUCAUAUCUACUUUAUCCCCAUCGAUUAAUUAUAAUUAUAGUAGUACUGAAAAACCUAAACAAGUUUAUUUUAGUACCCCAGCAACUCCAGAACUAUCAACUACCAUUCCAAAAAGUUAUACUUUUAACUCCCCUGUUUUUGAUACUGGUUAUAAUAAGCGUCCAGAAAGAGUUCAAGCCCAAGCUGAUAGAGAAGCAAGUAUUCUUAAUUAUGAGAAUACUAUUACUCCUGAUGGCUAUUCCUAUACCUUUGAUACUUCUAAUGGAAUUCAUGGAGAUGAAAGUGGAAUAGCUCGUAAUGGGGUUAAAGCGAAAGGUUCCUACUCAUAUAUUGGAGACGAUGGAAAACUUUACAGUAUCAAGUAUACAGCAGAUGAAUCUGGUUUUCAACCUCAAGGAGAUCAUUUACCAACUUCACCCCCUAUACCUGAUGCUAUAUUGAAAGUAAUAGAGCAAGUUACUAAAGAAAAAGAGGCUGGAAUUUUUGACGAUGGUUCAUAUGAUGAAAAUAAAUAUGGAUAUAGAAAAUAUCAUAACGGCUUUAAUCAUCCGACAACAGACUUUUCAAAUGGAAAAAAAUAUUUAGGAAAAAAUAACAGUGAUAAAAAACCAAUUACUGAUCAAAAUUUUAAUAAAAACAAGUAUGUAGUACCAGAAAAUAAUAAAUAUAAAAUGUCUAGCAAACAUUUUGAAAAUAUGAAUACCUAUGUUCCUCUAGAACCGAACCAGUUUCGUAACACAUCUGAAUUUGAACAUUUUGGUAAAUUUGAUGAUGCUGAUCAUGAAAUUGGCGAUGAAGAAACAAAUAGAUCACCUAACUUUUUUCUAGGAUCAGUGUAUAAAAACUCUGAAUCCAGUAAAGAAGGAAAACAAAUGACUGCUAAUAAUGUAGGACAAAAUAGACCAAACGAAGAUUUCAGCAAAGAAUCCAAUGAGGAAUCAGGUUACCAAUAUAACCCACCCCCGAACAGAGGCUUAAAAAAAUUCCCAUCGCGCUUCUCGGAUAUCUACGAUAUAAAAAAUGAAAGACCAAUACAGACUAAAAAUGUGAAUCCAAAACCAUUUCUUACGCCUUAUGCUUUACAAAAUAAAGAUAUAGUAAAAAACUAUGAUAAUUACGGUAAGCCUUCCGAAAACACAGAAGGUGAGAAUUAUGGAGAGGAAAUAAUACAGAACAAUAACAACGAUGAUAGAGAUAUCUACUCAAUAUAUGCUGAAGAUAAUUUAGACGGAAAAGGUUCAUAUCAACCUGAUGAAAAAAUCUUUAGAAAAAAUAAUCAAUAUGAGGAAGCCAAAUUUAACGAUUACGAGCCUGACACAACUGACGAAGGAUACUCAUACCAACAAGGAACUUUAGAUUCUAAUAAUAAGUCCUAUGACUCAUUUGCAUCUACUAGCCCUAAAGGUUAUUCGUCUUCGACCGUAAUUCCGGAUGAAAUUAUUACCCGAGGUAGCGUUCAAUCUCAAUACCCCGUAUUCAGUGAUGGAACACCACAAACUGUAACAGGAGAAAAAUCCAUUUAUACUACAUCUACCAGUGCACCAAAUUUAGAUCAAGUGAACAUACAAUUAAAAGGAUCUGACAGUCUACCUACCUAUGAUUAUUCAAGUAAACGACCUGAAUUCAUUGAUCAAAGUGAUAGACGCAUGGAACAAUCUGUUUCUUUAACUGACUAUCCGAAAGAAGAAUUUAAUAUUACAACUCCAAAGUCAGAAUUAUCAAGAAAUAUUCCAAUUUUUAGUAAUUCAUACGCUCCAAGUAUUGACAUUUUAUACACAGAUAAAUCGACAACAGAAAAGUAUAUUGGCGAAGACUUUAACGGUCCUAAACAAGCUCAAAGAUUUGACCCAAAAACUGGUUAUUAUUAUUAA